AAAUCCGCAACUACACAAACAAACACAUUCAUCUUUCACAUUCACUGAAACGCUCUUAAGAAGGCGUUGUCAUGGAAGAAGCAGCAUUUGUGACAUUCUAUUUCUUUCUUUCUUCCAGAAUCCUUCUUUUAAAACACUGCGACAAAGCGUGACAUCUAUGGGACAAACCGUUGGUUUAACAGCACGAGCCGUUUAUUAAACCGCAGGAGGAGGAGGGUCCAAGAGCAAAACACAGGCACACGAAGUUUAUAGCGCACAGGAUGGGAUGAUUCUUUCAGAUUGAGACCAAAAGGGUCAGAGUAAAUCAAUGAAUGCCCAAUGCGGAGGAUUUUCUCCGGAGGAUAGCGGUACGGCAUAGUGUAAUGCUCCAUGCGGAGUGAUCGAUGAAUGUCUGCGUACGCGAAUAACCGCAGUUUGGCUGAAAAGCAAUGGCAACCGGUCACGACCCGUGGUUGCCAUGGGUGAUAGUCUGUCAUGACUAUCUAGGCAAGAGGGUCUUCCAGGUCCCCCCGUCUACAGUGAUCAGGUACAUCAAGACCCUGAUCUACCAAGAAACAGACUAUCCUGUGUCUCAGCAGCAGCUGUUUCACAAUGGAAAACUGGUUCAUGAUGGGGUUGAGAUUGGAAGCUUGGCGCCUCGCGGGAGCCAUGAAAUAAUCAUGACAUUGCAUGGACAAGGCCCGAGAGGAGGAGGGAGGUUCGGACAGACUACGCCACCAUUGGUUGAUUUUUUGAAAGAUAUUUUGAGAAGAUAUCCAGAGGGUGGACAAAUUCUAAAAGAGCUGAUUCAGAAUGCAGAGGAUGCUGGGGCCACUGAGGUCAAGUUCAUGUAUGACGAGACGGAGUAUGGAGUGGAAUCACUGUGGUCAAAUGAUAUGGCUCAGUAUCAGGGAACAGCAUUGUAUGUCUAUAAUGAUGCCGUCUUCACCACAGAAGACUGGAAUGGUAUCCAGGAGAUUGCACGGAGUAGAAAAAGAGAGGAUCCUCUUAAAGUGGGAAGAUUUGGUAUUGGAUUUAACUCUGUCUACCACAUAACAGAUGUUCCUAGUAUAUUCAGUGGGGAUCAAAUUGCAAUGCUGGACCCUCAUCAGAUGUUGUUUGGAGUCCACGAGUCUGGGCAGUGCUGGAAUUUGAAGUCCGAUAUAAAGGAAAUAACCGAGCUUAAUGAUCAAUUUGCCCCUUAUUUUGGCCUGCUCGGUAGCUCCGAGAAAACCAUCAAGGAUGGCAACUUUCCAGGAACACUCUUUCGUUUUCCACUCCGUAUGAAACCCUCACAAUUAAGUAACAACAUUUACAAUAAAGAAAAAGUUCUGGAGCUUUUUGAAUCGUUCAGAGUUGACGCAGACACUGUGUUGCUCUUUCUAAAAAGCGUGCAGAAGGUCUCUCUGCAUGUACGGGAAUCUGAUGGAACAGAGCGAAUGCUUUUCCAGGUCACAGCAAGCGACAGCCAAGAAGAUAAGAUGGAGUGGCCCAAUGCUCUGAAGACCCUGGGACAGGCAAUAGAUAGCUACAGUAAUGGCGUGCUGAGCAGUUCAGUCACCUGUGCCACCUACCAACUCUCCAUUGAAGUGCGGGAUGAAACGGCCAAAGAGACUCAAAAGACCACCUGGUUAGUGUGUAAUGGCGUAGGAGGGCGAGGAAUGUGCGGUGAACUGGAUUCUCUUGCCGAUGAUCUGAAGUUCAUCCCAACCAUUGGUAUUGCCUUGCCCCUUACGCUUAUUGAUGAGGACAAAGGGGCAACUUCUUGUGUCUCAGGACGUGCUUUCUGUUUCCUCCCACUGCCCCUUGGAGAAGAAAGUAUGACAGGAUUGCCGGUCCACGUCAGUGGUUUCUUUGGUCUGACGGACAACCGCAGGAGCAUCAAAUGGCGGGAGGUGGACCAGUGGAGGGACCCGGCGGCUCUUUGGAACGAGCUUCUCAUAGUCACAGUCAUUCCAAGGGCUUACUUCACACUCAUCAUGGAGACCAUCAGGAGAAUCCAAACUAAGAAGGACCAAGAUUUUCCCCUUUCCCCGAGAGGUAUUUAUGGAGCCUGGCCUGAUCCAAACAGAAUCCGACCUCGCUGGAAACCCAUUCUUGAGCCCCUUUUCAAUGACUUGCUUCAACAGCCGGUCAUCUACUCGCUCAACCGGAGCUGGGUUCAGGUGGAUGAAACCAUAUUCUCAGACUUGGACUCCAGCAUGGACACUACAGAGACUGUCAUCAAAUACCUCCAGAGCUCAGGGAUGAUGCUGGCUCAGGUGCCAGCCUACAUUGAUGCAAUACUGACAAUAUUUGUCACCAAGCCAGGUAGCCUGAGGAGAGUGACCCCUUCUUUUGUGCGCCAGACUCUGAGGAAAUGUCGCCAUAGAGGGUCCUCUAAUGAGAAGCUGCUCCUGCUAGAGUUUAUCCUUAGCGAUGCUUGCUACAAUGACCUCAUUGGACUGGAGCUUCUACCUUUACAGGAUGAGACAUUUACUGUGUUCUCCUCUUCUGUGAAUGACAAAGAUGCUGUCUACAUCGCCUCAGAGGAGUAUCCAAGGUCCCUUUAUCCAGGACUGGAGGGAAGAUUUGUCUUGGAAAGCAUUGCCCCUCAUGUCAUGACCAGCCUGAAAGAAGCAGCCAAAAGCAGAGUUCAACAGUACCUUUGGGGUUGUUCAGGGAGGCCUUGCACUCAGGUUCAAGUGCUAACCCCAGAGAGAUCAGCACGCCUAAUUAAAGAAGUCCUUACCGCAGCAUGGCCUUCUAGAGAUUUUGCAGUUCAGUGGUACCCUGGUGAUCAAGAGAAGCAGCAUCCCUCAGCAUCUUGGCUCAGAAUGAUUUGGAAGCAUCUCUACAUUAACUUUGCAGAUGACCUUAGUGUGUUUGAAGAUUUGCCUUUGAUUCCAAAUGUGCCACUGACUGACACCUUAGAUUCUCUAGAGCUACUGCGUCUAAAAACUCAAUCACCCAUCAUUCUUGUAAAUGAGGAAGAGGGUCCUCCGUCAGAAGACUUACUUGAAGUUAUGAAGAAACUUGGCUGUGUUAUCUUGAAGCAACUUGAUCCCUGCUUGCACCAUCCACUCCUGAAAAAUUACAUUCACCAGUCAUCACCAAGCACACUACUGCAAAUUAUGGAAAAAUCUACAUCCCAGAGAUUAGCAAACCAAGUUUCAUCUUUCUCUGUCAAACAGAAAAUUGCCCUCAGAGGCUUUUUUGCUGGUCUUACUGAUGUUACAGAAAAAGAGAAACGCAUAAUUCAAGAGCUUCCCAUCUUUGACAAAGUUGGACAGAAGUCAAACACAGACCCUUCACUUUUUACAUUAUUGAAAGGAGCCAGAGUAUUACAUCAUACUGCCAAGCAUCCAUUAGAUGUGAAAUUGUCCAUAAAUGUAGUUGACUGCAGUGAUGAGGCAACCAUCCGUCUAAUAAAGCUGUUGAACAUUGAACAAGUGAAAAGCACUGAAUGUCUAAAAGUGAUAAUUCAAGACAUUGAGAAAGGAUUCUACACCAAAGAGGAAGUCACAAAAAUCAUCCUCUGGGCUCUUACUCAUUUGUCUUUUCUGAAGAGUGAAAACAAGGCAGUAAUUAGUUGGCUUUCGUCACUGAAGUUUAUUUAUACCUCUUCAGAAAAACCUUAUUCACCAACAGACUUUUUUGAUCCAGAGUUAGAGAUUUUGCAGAACCUUUUCUUCAUGGAAGAAAAGAUUAGGUUUCCCCCAGAUGACUAUACAUCAUCUCCUGAUGCCCUUCAUUCACUGAGGCAACUGGGGCUGAAAAAUGAGGUUCAACUCAGUGAAAAGGAUGUGCUCCAAGUUGCCAGAAAAAUUGAGGAGUUGCAAGGAAAUAGCAAACCAGAUUGGAAUCCUAUUUUAAUGAAGGCAAAAACACUUCUUACUAUCCUAAACAAACAGACAAAGUUGGUGAAGUCCUCUGAGGUUCAGACAAACUUGCAAAAAUUGAAAUGGGUGCCUGUUUGCAAAGACAGACCACUGAAUUACCCAAAGUCACUUACUUGGAGAGGUGAUUCCUGUAAUAUUUCCUCUCUUUCUGAAAUGUGUGAAAUUUCUCAUGCUGUGCUUGUUGGUUCUUCAGUUGCCCUUGUGGAACGUACCUCUGCUGGCAUGAAAAAAGCCCUGAAGUUGUCAUUAGAACCUCAGGUGGAUCAAGUGCUCCAGCAUUUGAAAGCAGUAAAUGACUGGCACAAAUCCCAAGCAUUUACCACUGAGGACUGGUAUCAGUUUCAGCAGAUCUUGUUUGAGAUAUAUGAAUUCAUGCAAGCUCAUUUGGAGGAUGCAAGGGAAGCCGUGGAGUCUUUGCCCUUUGAUUGGGUUUGGACGGGGAAAACCUUUGCUUCCCCUGGAUGCACAGUUUUAAAGCCCAUACCAGAUUUGGACCUCCAGCCUUACUUGUACUCAUUACCAAAGACCAUUGCAAAAUUCACCAAGCUUUUUAAAUUAUGUGGCUCUAUUGAAGAAGUUGUUCCCAGUCAUGUGUUUGAAGUUGUCGAAACAAUCAGGCAAAGGAGUGAGCAGGAGAUGACAAAAGAAGAAAGCAAACGCAAUGUCCUACUCCUGAUAAAUAUUUUACGGUGGCUAUACAGCAGUCAAAUAUCAGUAGAUGCUGACAUGCACAUCCCCAUUCUGUACCACAAAGAUCCAAGCAAACUGGUUAUGAAACCUAUCCAUGAAUGCACUUACUGUGACAUCAAAGUAGAGGAUCUGAAUGACUUACUAGAUGAUGUUUCAGAGCCCAUCAUCCUUGUCCAUGAUGACAUUCCAAUGAAAACUGCUGAAUGGUUGAGAGUUCCAUGUUUGAGCACGAGAUUGAUAAACCCAGAGAACCUUGGGUUUGAACAAUCAGGACAAAGAGAGCCUCUAACUGUGAGAAUAAAGAACAUUCUAGAGGAGUAUCCAUCAGUUGCGGAUAUCUUCAAAGAGCUUUUGCAGAAUGCUGAUGACGCAAAUGCUACUGAGUGUAGUUUUCUGAUUGACAUGCGAAAGAAUCUUGAAAUCCGAGAGAAUCUGCUUGACCCUGGCAUGAUUGUUUGUCAUGGCCCAGCAUUGUGGUCCUUCAACAAUUCUGUUUUCUCUGAUACAGACUUCCUUAAUAUAACCAGGCUUGGUGGAUCCAUGAAAAGAUGUGAAGCUGACAAAGUGGGCAAAUUUGGCCUAGGGUUCAACUCCGUUUAUCAUGUGACUGACAUACCCAUUAUCAUGAGUAGAGAAUUCAUGAUCAUGUUUGAUCCCAACAUCAAUCACAUUGGCAAACACAUCAGAGACAAGUCAAAUCCAGGUAUCAAAAUUAACUGGAGCAAACAGCAGAAACGGCUACGGAAGUUUCCCAAUCAGUUCAAACCUUUCAUCAAUGUAUUUAACUGUCAGCUUCCUCUGUCACUGGAGUCACCUUACAAGUAUGAUGGGACCCUCUUCAGACUUCCUUUCAGAACUGAGCAGGAGGCAUCUGUAAGUGAAAUCAGCAGUAUUUACUACAAUACCACUGAUAUCUACUCUCUUGUGGAUGAAUUUAGCAUCUGUGGUCACCGGCUCAUUCUCUUCACACAACAUGUUGGAACAAUGGUCUUGAAGUAUUUGAAAUGUGAGGAGCCAAACCCUGCUGCUGCACAGGAUGUGGUCACGAUAAACAAGAGUGUGUGGUCCUCCAAAGCUGCUUAUGGCCCCCUAAGUAUUCUGAAAUCUGCUGCCAAAGUCAUGAAAAAAGUUGCAGCCACCAACAGAGUGCCGGCUGAGGUCCCUAAGUCUGGUUGCAUCAUCAGAAUUGUAGUGGAGGAGUUCCACAAUGUCUUCAGACGUAUUGUUGAUCUUCAGUCCCCACUGUUCAGAGGUUCUGAAGAGGAUCCAUCGUCCUACUUUGAGAUGGCUGCUAAGGGCACACAAACUAAAAGACUUACAGAUGACAUGCCACAGAAGGGAGUGGAAAAUACAAACUGGCUUAUCUGCUCAUGCAUGGAUGUGACAGAAGCUCUGAAGUUCUCCUUGAGUGAUAGUGGAAAACGCCUCGGUCUGGUACCAUGUGGAGGUGUAGCUGUGCUGCUCUCUGAAGAAGACAAUAGAAAAUGGACCGUAAAGACAAGUGCAACCCCAAUUGGGGAAGUGUUCUGCUACUUACCCCUUCGAAUCAAAACUGGCUUACCUGUGCACAUAAAUGGUUGCUUUGCUGUCACAUCAAAUCGCAAAGAGAUCUGGAAGACAGACACAAAAGGACAAUGGAAUUCCAUUUUUAUGAGACAUGUGAUUGUCCAAGCAUACUUGGCUGCACUUAACAUGCUGAGGUCAAUGGCAGAAAGUGGGGAAUUAUUGGACUACAGCUAUUAUGCAGCCUGGCCUGACCCUGGAGUUGUCCAUGAUGAUUUCAAUCUGAUUUGUCAAGGGGUUUAUCAAGAAAUAGCUAAAGGUGUUGAUGAUGACCGUGCAAAAGUCUUUUCAGAUGGAAAAACCUGGGUGUCAAUCAAGAAUGUCCGUUUUUUGGAUGACUCUUUGCUUUGCAGACCAGACAUUGGGUCUGCUGCCUUCAAGAUAUUCUUGAAAUACCUCAGAAAGUGUGGUUCCCAAGAUCUUUGUGCUGUUGAGCUGCCAGACUGGGUCAAGGAAGGCUUCGAUGAUGCUGGCUGUAAAGGAAAAUUGAUGGAGAACACCCUGACAGAGACACAGUUUUUCUCAGAUGUGUUCUUCCCCCAUAUCCAAGACAUUGAUAAGGAUCUACGUGAUCCUCUGAUGUAUUAUGUGCUCAAUGAAAAACUUGAGGAUUUUGCAUCCAUACUGAGGGAAACCCCAUGUAUUCCAUGUUCAGGACCAUCACAGAAGCUUGUUUUGCCAUCUCGACUCAUACAUCCUGAGGGCAGAGUAGCCAAACUGUACAACAGUGAAGAUGGAAGAUUCCCUGAAGGAAGUUUAAGAGACUAUGUCAAUCCUGUAUGCUUGGUGAAAUUAGUUCAGCUGGGUAUGGUCAAGGAUGACCUGUCUUGGGAAGACUUGAUUGAACGGGCUGAGUCUGUAUUGGCUCUAAAUGAAAAUGACCACACACUUGCGUGCCACAGGAGCAGUAUAAUCCUCAGUCUCAUUGAUGAAAAACUAAAAAUGAGAGAUCCAGCAGCAAAUCAGUAUCUUGCCAAAUUACAAAAUAUCAAAUUCCUUCCAUUCUUGACAAAACCAGCUGGAUUUUCACUUCCAUGGCAUGGAAACAAUUUCCCCCAAUCUGCCAUGUUCUCGGCAAAAGACCUUUUUACAACAGACCAUCAAGACACUGUGUGUUUAAUGAAGCCCAUUCUCAAUGAAAAUUCCCCUUCCUUCAAAGGAUGUGGUCCUAUCUCACUGGCUGUGAAAGACUUUCUUGGAUUGAUAAAAAAGCCAACUGUUUCAUUAGUCAUCAGCCAACUGAAAGAGCUCUCAAAAUCCUUUGAUGGUGUAACUCUGUAUCAAGAAAACAUAACCAAUGCUUGCUACAAAUAUCUCCACGAGGAAUUGCUGCAGUCCAAUGCUGCGAAAGAGGAAAUCAUGGAGGAGCUAAAAACAUUCUCUUCAAUUCUAGUCGAGAACACAUACGUGGAACCAUCAAAAGUAGCAUUUCACUUAAACUUUGAUGCUGCUCCAUACCUUUACCAGCUUCCCAACAAGUACAGAAAUAGUUGUCGGGAACUUUUUGAAAAUGUGGGAGUUCAACCUAGCUUCACUGUUGAAAUAUUUGCAGCAGUUUUACAGCUGAUAAAAACUGAAUGUGGGAGAAAACCUCUUACUGAAGAAAACUUUCAGCUGUCUCGUAGAAUAAUUAGUGAGGGAAUAUGGAGCUUGAUCCGAGACAAAAAUCAAGAAUUCUGCCAAAGCAACUAUGGGGAGAUGCUUCUUCCUGACAGCAAUUUCACACUACAACCAUCAAAAUCACUUUGCUAUAAUGACUGUCCUUGGAUUAAAGUCAGGGACACAACCGUUAAAUACUGCCAUGGUGAUAUUCCAAGAGAGGUGGCAGUAAAAUUGGGAACGGUUCCAAAACGUCACAAAGCCUUAGAAAGAUAUGCCUCCAAUGUUUGCUUCACUACCCUUGGAAGUGAGUUUGGGCAGAAGGAGAAGCUCACCAGCAGAAUAAAAAGUAUCCUCAAUGCUUAUCCAUCAGAAAAGGAGAUGUUGAAAGAGCUCCUGCAGAAUGCAGAUGAUGCAAAAGCCACAGAAAUAUACUUUGUCUUUGAUCCCAGAACCCACCCAUCUGACAGAAUCUUUGAUGACAAAUGGGUUCCCAUGCAAGGCCCAUCACUCUGUGUGUACAACAAUCAACCUUUUACAGAGGAUGAUAUUAGGGGGAUCCAGAAUCUUGGAAGGGGCACCAAAGAGGCAAACCCUGGAAAAACUGGGCAAUAUGGCAUUGGGUUUAACUCGGUGUAUCACAUUACUGACUGCCCAUCUUUUAUCUCAAAUAAUGACAUUCUGUGCAUCUUUGAUCCGCAUGCCCGUUAUGCACCUGGAGCAACAUCUGUCAGUCCAGGAAGAAUGUUUAGAGAUCUGGAUUCAGACUUCAGAUCACAGUUUUCUGAUGUACUCAACUUAUACCUAGGAAAUCACUUCAAGCUGGAACGCAGCACAAUGUUCAGAUUUCCCAUAAGAAAUGUAGAAAUGGCCAAUAUCUCAGAGAUCAGCUCAGCACCUGCUUCAGACAGAAUGGUUCAAAAUUUCCUUGACAAAAUACGAAUGGAUGGUGCAGAACUUCUUAUGUUUUUGAAUCACAUGGAGAAAAUUUCUAUAUGUGAAAUUGAGAAUGGAACUGGGGAUUUAAAAACUCUAUAUUCUGUGACCGCAAAAAUCACAGAUGGUGACCGGCUAAAACGCAAGCAAUUUCACGCGUCAGUUCUGGACAGUGUCUCCAAGAAAAAACAGCUGGCUCAAAUUCCAGUGCAACAGAUUACCUACACAAUGGACAUAGAAGACACAGAUGGUACUUCUAAUACCUGGCUGAUAUGCAACAGAUCUGGAUUUUCUGACAUGGAAAAGGUAUCUAAGAGUGUCAUUUCAGCUCACAAAAAUGAAGACAUAACACUCUUUCCACGUGGUGGUGUUGCUGCAUGCACCAGCCACAACUACAAAAAACCACAUAGAGCCUUCUGUUUUCUUCCUCUUUCUCUGGAGACUGGCCUGCCUUUCCAUGUGAAUGGCCAUUUUGCUUUAGACUCUGCCAGAAGAAAUCUGUGGAGGGAUGACAAUGGAGUUGGUGUCAGGAGUGACUGGAACAACAAUCUAAUGAAAAUGCUAAUCGCUCCUGCAUGUGUAGAACUGCUAAUUCAACUGAAACGUCGGCUUUUUCCAGGCCCUGACCCCACCAUGACAAUAUUUCAAGGAACUCCAAUCCAUGUUGUCAGGGAUAUUUUGAGAAAAUUUUUGUCUAUCUUUCCUGUAAACAGACUGGACAUUCAACCAGAUUGGUAUUGUUUGGUAAAGGCAGUCUACCUUUGCAUUCAUGAAGAUUUGAAAAGACUACUCCCUGUUGUUAGAGCACCCUACAUUGAUAACAGUGAUAUGCACUCUGCAGUAUACAUCUCCUGGGUGAACACUUCCACCUCAACCAAAGGCCGGGCUUUCUUUGACAACUUACUUCAGGAUGAGUUGCAGCAUCUUAAAAACACAGAGUAUAACAUUACCACAAGAAAAUCUGUAGCAGAAAAUGUUUUCAGAAUGAAGGCCAUGCUCCUGGAUGUUGGCUUCAACCUAAUCCACAGCUGUGAUGAGACAACCAGUCUAUAUUCUUGCCUGGAAGAUGCUGGGAUUCCAGUCAACUAUGUGACUCCUGAGGAUGUCCGCAGCUUCCUUCUGACAUUCUCGUCUCCAGACACAUCUUGCCAAGUUGGAAAGCUACCAUGUCGACUGCAGCAGUCCAAUUUCAAGCUUUUCCACGGUCUAAAACUACUUGUCGACUACUGCUUCAAAGAUGUGGAGGAAAACGACAUUAACAUAGAGGGGCUGCCACUUCUGUUAACAAUGGACAACAUUCUGCAAGUGUUUGACUCCAGACAUCCAAAGUUUCUGACUGCUCAUCAUGAGCUUGUUCCAUCAAGGAAGGAGCUUUUCAUGCACACAUUAUACCUUCGGUACAGUAACAUCCUUCUAAAAGCAGGUGUGGCAAAGACCUUUGACAUAAGCAGUUUUGGAGAUCUCCUGGGAUCUGUAUUUCCCAGAGAGUGCAGAACAAGAAACUCCGUAAAAUGGAAGGAGAACUUUCCUACUGAAUCUUGGCUUAAGAGUGCAUGGCAUUUUAUCAGUGAACAACUUGCGACCAAGGAUGACCAGACAGAGAUCAAGCCUAAAUUUGAAACCAUUCUGGAUAUAUUGAAAGACUGGGCACUUCUUCCAGGAAUCAAAUUUAUGGUGUCAGGAAACAAAUUGGUUGUGCCAGAGCAUGACAUUUUGUUACCCCUGAGCCUAAUCUUUGCAGCAAUCUUUCCAAAUGGACAAAAUGACAAAGUCUUUCACACCCUGAUGAAGGGAGGAUGCUUUCAAUUGGCUGUGAAUAAAAUAUGUGUCAAAGAGAGUCCCAUCUUGCCUCUGUUGGCUCAGCAUACAGCAAAUAUAGACAGUCCUUCCAGCAUAAUUCGGGCACUUGAGUACAUGAUCCAGAUAUCGGCUUUCAAAACAGCAAGUUUGACUGACAAAGACUUUGAAGCACUGUUGUUGUACUUCAACUGUAAUUUGACUAAUCUGACCCAGGAUGAUGUACAAUGUCUGAAACUGUUGCCAUGUUACAAAGCUGUCAGUGGCCGGUACAUCUGCAUUGCAAACUUCGGAGCAUGCUAUGUUCUAACAAAAAGCAUUCCCUCUGCCGACAUUGAAAAGUGGGCACACAAUACAUCCUCAGCCUUUCUCGCUGACAGUCCACAGCUGAAAGAACUCUACAUGAUUCUUGGGGUCACACCAAUUGAUGACCUUGAGGUCUACCUGAAUCAUUUAAUUCCAAAAUUUGACAUUUUAUCACAUGAUGCCAAAAUCCAACAUGUCAUCUAUCUGAAGGAGAGGUUAUUGGCAAUGGAGGAGCCAAACAGCAUUAAGGAUCAGCUCUUUGAAAAACUAGAAGGUCUGUCUUUCAUUCAUGACUCCACCAAUAGACUGAAACCUGCCAAAGCCUUCUUCGAUCAAACAGUUAAAGUGUUUGAAGUAAUGCUUCCACAAAAAGCUUUCAUUCCCAACGAUUUCUUCAGAAAAAUUGAGCAGGUCUCAAAGCCAAAAAGUGGGACAUCCUAUUUACCCUCAUGGAUAACAUUCCUACGCAAUAUUGGCUUAAAAUAUGUUAUAUCACAACAGCAAGUUCUACAGUUCUCGAAAGAGAUCAGCAUCAAAGCUCAUACAGAGAGCUGGUCCAAGGACAAAGUUCAGAUCAUUGUUGAUGUUCUCCUAAAUCACAUUUUCAAUGAGAGAAUAGAUCUGUUUGAUGGGGCAUUCCUCAAAGAAAUCUCUAUGAUACCAUUUCUAUGCCCAGAGCGUGCACCAGCCGAGCUUGUCCGCCUCCAUGCUCAGUACCAAGAAAUGAAUGGCACCAUCCCUCUAAUUCGCUUCAAUGGGUCUCAAGUAAAUCCAAAGUUCAAACAAACUGAUAUCAUGCAGUUGUUGUGGACAUCUUGUCCUAUUCUACCAGAGAGAGCCACCCCAACAAGCAUAAAAGACCAGGAAGGAAACACACUUACCAGCCAAGAGCAGCUUGAUCUUAUUUUGAGCCUGUUAAACGUCAAUGUGGACCCACCAUUGGAAAAGGUAAUUAGCAAUUGCAAAAACAUAUGUAGCAUUGCUAACUUGGAUGAUGACACAGUGAAAACACGAAACAAGGUCUUGAGGAGCGUUUAUGAAUUUCUGAAUGCAGAAAAACAUGAAUUUCGCUGUCAGUUACGAGGAGUAGCCUUCGUCAUGGUUGAAGAGGGUUGGAAACUCCUUAAACCAGAGGAGGUUGUCAUUAACUUGGACAAUGAAUCUGACUUUAAACCCUACUUGUACAAACUUCCCCUUGAGCUGGGUACAUUUCACCAACUGUUCAAACUGUUGGGAACUGAGGACAUUGUUUCAACAAAACAAUAUGUUGAAGUUUUGUGUCGAAUUUAUAGAAUUUCAGAAGGCAAGCAGCUUGACCCGAAUGAAAUGAGAACAGUGAAAAGAACUGUCUCUGGGCUAUUCAAAAGUCUCCAGAAUGACCCAGUACAGGUCCGUAAAGACCUUGAGAAUAUCAGAGAUUUGACAUUUUACCUUCCAAGUCAUGAUGGACGAUUGGCUAAAUCGAACACUUUGGCCUUUGACGAUGCACCACACUACAAGAGCCGAAUUCAGGGUAAUGUUGGUGUUCAGAUGCUAGUUGACAUGAGUCAGUGUUACCUAGGUAAGGACCAUGCCUUUCACACAAAGUUGAUCAUGUUGCUUCCACAGAAACUGAGGCCCAGGCUUCUAAGUAGUAUCUUGGAAGAGCAACUUGAUGAAGACUCUCCAAAAAUGUGCCAAUUUGGUGCCCUUUGCUCCCUGCAGGGACGACUUCAAUUGCUCCUUUCAUCAGAGCAGUUUAUCACUGGGUUAAUUCGGAUCAUGAAACACGAGAAUGAGAAUGCAUACAUGGUGAAUGAAGAGAAAGCAAUACGGUUAUGUAAAGCACUGUGUGAGGGCUUAAAGGUGUCUUGCUUUGAGAAACUACAGACAACAUUGCGAGUGAAAGGCUGCAGCCCGAUUCCCCACAGCCGUAGUGAAACUCUUGCCUUUCUUAAAAGGUAUGGAACAGCUGUUAUCCAUCUGUACAUUCAGCACUCUGACAGCAAAGACAUUAAUUUUCUUCUUGCUUUGGCAAUGACCCUCAAGUCAGCGACAGACAACCUGAUUUCUGACACCUCCUAUCUUAUUGCUAUGCUGGGUUGCAAUGACAUUUACAGAAUAACAGAGAAGCUAGACAACCUUGGUGUCAAGUAUGACACAACUGAGCCCUCAAAGCUAGAGCUUCCACUUCCUGGUACACCCAUACCUGCAGAGAUUCAUCAUUUACUGCUCAUGGACCCCAUGAAUGUCUUUUACCCUGGAGAAUACGUUGGUUACCUGGUAGAUUCAGAGGGAGGUGAUAUUCUAGGCACUUACCAGCCAACUUACACAUACGCUAUCAUCGUUCAGGAAGUAGAACGAGAGGAAGAGGAAAGUCCAAGUUUCCUUGGCAAGUGCUUUCAAAUUGACAUUGGGUACAGUGAGUACAAAAUCGUGAGCUCUCUUGAUCUGUAUAAAUUUUCUAGACAGGAUGAUAGCACCCAUAUUCGAGAUGGCACACCAACUCCAACAAGCCCCUCAGAGGGUCGUUCUCCUUGUGCCAGAAUGGUCCCUCCAAUAUUUCCUGGAAAGGAAAAUCACAGGGCUCCUCCAACAAAGGCAUCCUCCAAAAAGAUAAAACUCAAUGCAUUACCAGGAAUUCUAAAAGAAGUUACCUCAGUCGUAGAACAAGCUUGGAAACUUUCUGAAACCGAACGCAAGAAGAUUAUCCGCCGCUUAUACUUGAAGUGGCACCCUGACAAAAAUGCAGAGAAUCUUGAUAUUGCUACCGAAGUCUUUAAACACCUACAAAAGGAGAUCAGCAGGAUGGAGAAGCAAACACGGGCGGAGCAGACCACUGAUAGAGGAUCAAGGAGACCUUUCUCUGCAUCUUCCACUCGAUUCCAGUCAGAGAAAUUCUCAUUUCAGCGAUUUUACACAUCAUGGAACCAAGAAGCAACAAGCCAUAAAUCGGAAAAGCAGCAGUUCCGAGAACAAUUUAGUAGCUAUGCAGGCACAUCGCACUCAUAUCGCUUCUUUGUACCUCCAUCAUUUAAGUCUGUUGGGAACCCUGUGGAGGCACGACGGUGGCUAAGGCAAGCAAGAGCCAACUUUUCUGCUGCAAGAAAUGACCUUCAUAAAAAUGCCAAUGAAUGGGUAUGUUUCAAAUGCUACCUGGCAACAAAGCUUGCAUUAAUUGCUGCCGAUUAUGCAGUGAGAGGAAAAUCAGACAAGGAUGUGAAGCCCACAGCGCUUGCGCAGAAGGUAGAGGAGUACAACACCCAGCUAACAGGGUUGACCAAGGAUGUACACAUCCUGGAGGGUUAUGGUGUGGACAGCCUGAGAACUCGCUACCCUGACCUUUUGCCUUUCCCUCAGAUUCCUAAUGACAGAUAUACUUCAGAAGUAGCAAUGAGAGUAAUGGAAUGUACAGCUCGGAUAAUCAUCAAACUUGAGACAUUUGUCCAGCAAAAAAUCUGAAUGUCAGCAUUAGACAAUGCAAAGCACUAACAGUUAAAUUAACAAAGUGGUAGCUGUGCAAUAUAGACCAGUAAAUAUUAUAAAAUACUUUUUUAAAGUAAAAUUAUGUAUCUAGCUGGCAUUUUAUUUUAA